ACAACUUCUACGUCCGGAUCCAAUCUGUUUUCUCUAACCCAACAAACCCCGGGUAGUUUGUUCACCUCCAGCUCGGCGUCAACCUCCGAAUUUCCGGAAUCUAAAUCCGUUCUUUUCUCCUCAUCAUCCAAUGAGCCGGUUGCGCCAAUUUCCGGUGCCGGCGGUCUUUUCGGUACGACUCGCCCGUUCGCAGUAUCGACUGCGUUCUCACCAGGACUAAAAGUGUGUCCGUUUAAUGAACCUACCACUGGCAGCAGCUUCGAAAGCUUGGCUGCUGCUGCUGCUGCUGCUGAUAGUUCUGUGAGCAAUCUUUUCAAACCCUCUGUUAUGUCAACUUCAACACCACCGAAAUUUUCUUUGUUCGGUCAUUCUACUGCGGGCAUAUCGGAAACGACAGCUGCAGUCACUACCACAGCAGUUGUGUCCACCACAUCAACCGCCACUACCGAAGGUGGAUCUAAUCGGCCUAAAAUUCAACCGAUAGUCUGGGACUAUACUGCACUACCGAGUUCAUCCGAUCCUCAGAGCACUGAAGAAUCCAGGCGCAUCGGGGCCGGUCGAAGAAAGAAAUGGGGCUCGGCAGCUCGUACAGGUCUUUUUUCCGGGACCGGACCAUCGACCACUCCCGGUAGCCUUUUUGGUGCCUCACGCGGCGCAGGUACAUCCGGUCCCGGUCCACUCCGAACGAAACCCCACCCUCGACGUUGA